GCCGCUAAAUAGCAAUAAGGAGACACGACAGUUUUAGGUGUUUAAAAAAAUGAAUGUGUAGUGUAACUAAUUAAGAAACUAGCUGCAUUUUGAAAAUGUUAUAGUUGCGAGUAACACACACAACUGCUGGAAACUUAGUGGACAUUAACAAGAAAAAUGUCAUCUUCAUUUGUGACUGGCCGCAAAUUUCGAGAGGGAGUAAAUGACUUGAUGAAAAGGGAUACUUCCUUUCCCCUGGAUUUAAAAGAAGAAUUGGAGGAGAUUUUGGGAAAAGAUGAACCUCCGGUCCUAUCUUUCAGAACUGCAAGGAAGUUACAAAACCAUCUUCAAAACAACGGGUACUCCGUCUACCUUCAUCAGUUGUUGGAGGACAGUACGAUAUACCUGCCUCCGGUUGAAAAGCCCCCAAGAAAUCCCCAGCUGGUAGCUCGUUUAGAGCGCAUUAAAGCAAAACUGGCAAACGAGGAGUACAUGAGGAUAACCAGGAAUGUAAACACUCAGGAAAUUAAUCGCCAUGGUGCAAUGGCUGACUUUGGAAGAGAAGUACGCUCAGUCAAAGCCAUAGUUGUCACGGUCUUCAAUUUCCUCGUGACAGUUGUGGCAACAUUCGCUUGCUCCUACAUGGGCAGUCAGUAUGUCUUCACUGAGACGGCAGCGAGAGUGAUUUCUGCAGUGAUCGCAGCCUCUGUAGUGGGACUUGCAGAGCUGUACGUUCUGGUCAGAACCAUGGAGGGGGAGUUGGGGGAGCCGUAGCAACUGUAAUCUGCACAGACCACUGCCAGGCUUAUCAUAGGGACACCAACCCCAAUUCAGACCCAUCACGCAGGAAACCAACCCAAAUUCAGACCCAUCACGCAGGAAACCAACCCCAAUUCAGACCCAUCACGCAGGAAACCAACCCCAAUUCAGACCCAUCACGCAGGAAACCAACCCCAAUUCAGACCCAUCACGCAGGAAACCAACCCCAAUUCAGACCCAUCACGCAGGAAACCAACCCCAAUUUAGACACGGCAGAAGUCCACCCUCAAAUCGAUGUGCAGCAAAACACUGGAUUCUUUAAAGUGAUAUCUUCAAAUGUUUGUUUCUGUUAAAAGUUUAGAUGUGUAAGACGUGUUUUUAGGAGUAUGUGUAACAUGUGCUUAUCAGACCUUGGUCAAAUACGUACUUGUUUUGGAUUCAACUACUUUUCUGUGCUCUGUUGAUCUUGCCUGGUGCAACUGAGCCUGCCAAUAGGACCAAAAGGUGGGGUUUGCACUUUUUGAGAGUAUGUCAUAGGUUCCAAUACACCAGACAGGCUCAGUACUGUGUAGAAAAGUAUUUGAAGCCAAAACAAAUUUUUGUUUGACCCAGGUCUGGUGGUUAUGGCUGGAAAGGCCACUGUUAAAUUAAUCCUUCUUUCAUUAUUUAAGAUAUGAAAUAUUCCACGUGUUCAUCUUUUGUCUUUACUCCCAUUCAGUGCUGUGUGCCCUGUCAUCAGCUCCAGUCUAAUUACUCAAGUCUGUUUAUCAGUGUGGGAGAGUGAAUGAGUUUCAAUGUUUUUGUUUGACAUUCCUCUCUUUGGCAUUCUCAUUAUUGACUAUGGCAGGGGUCAUAUUUUAUUAAUAUUUUGAUGCAGAUAUUUGCUACAUUGUAUUGUCAGGAAGAAUGAUGUUUGUUUUUACAUUUUAAAAUAAAGAUGCGAUUCUGUUUGGCAUUACAAUUCAAUAUGAAGAUCACUAGAUUACAUAUGACUGUAUGAGUUUGACAGUAUGGUGCAGUGGUUACAGAGCUGGACUGGUUACUUGGGUCUAGCAGUUUCAGUUUCUUGAUGUAGCAGUGCUGUUGCACCUUUGAGUGCGGUACUUUACCCUGGACAUUUUCUGUAAUUAUCCAGCUGUAUAAAAUGAGAAUCCAUGCAGAAAUGUCAGCUGUACAAGUCAAGAUGUCCUUGAUAAUGUGGUUUUCCAAGUAAAUAAACAAUGUAUUUUGUAUUAUA